AUGAAUUACUUGAUUUUUAUAUUUACAGUAUCUGUUUUUUUGUAUGAUUCCAGUAAUGGAUUUGAUUACUGGAUGAUUGCUCAAACUUGGCCACCAGGAUUUUGCAUGCAUGAACAGUGUGCGGCAACAGUACCGAAACCGUAUAAAUUCACGGUUCAUGGUUUAUGGCCAUCUACGUACCGCUGGUCACCGCCAUUACAGUGCACAACGGAGAAACUGGAUAAUUCCACGAUCAAACCUAUAGAUGGUGAACUUGAGCGAGUUUGGCCAAGUUAUUUCGGGAAAAACGGAGAGUUCUGGAUACACGAGUGGUGGAAGCAUGGAACCUGUUCUAAUCUGCAACAGCUUGACUACUUUAAGCUGACAUUAGAUAUUUAUGCAAGGAAUGAUCUUGCAAAAAUAUUAGAAAAUGCAGGAAUAUCACAUGGUGCCCUUUACCCUAUACACCAGGUCAUCUCAGUCCUAAGAGCAUCACUGGGUGUUAGACCACAACUAAAAUGUAUUAAGGGGGAUUUAGUUGAAGUAAGAUUAUGUUUGAACACAAACACUAUCCCCCAAUACAUCAACUGUGCUAACACCCGUUACUCCGACUGUGAAUACAAGAAGCUUCCUGUACGGUCUCUAAGGUUUCCGUAA